CCAGCAUGUAGCCGGAAGUCGCACGUGGGACGAUCUCGUGGCAUUGUUUGUUGACGCCAUAUUGACCUAUCGUCGGGAGAAGGAGAGAUUGAAUUGAAUGGGCGUAUAAGCCAACCAUGAGCGAUGAGGAUAGAGAAGUGGAAAUAGAAAGUGAUGAAGAAGACGACGAACUCGGGGGAUCAUUAAAUGAUGGGACUGCUACGCAGUUUAUGAGCCAGGCUGAAAAAAGGGCUCAUCAUAAUGCGUUGGAAAGAAAGCGCAGAGACCACAUUAAAGAUAGCUUUCACAGUCUCAGGGACUCUGUGCCAGCACUGCAAGGAGAAAAGGUAGGAUUGCAGGGGACAAGCCAGAAGGUAUCCAGAGCUCAAAUCCUUAAAAAGGCAGCUGACUACAUUUCAUUUAUGAGAAGAAAAAAUCAUAGCCAUCAACAAGAUAUAGAUGAUCUCAAAAAACAUAAUGCUAUUCUGGAGCAGCAAAUUAGGGCGUUGGAAAAAGCUAAAACUACAGGGCAGUUUGCAGUGUCAUCGGCUGUGAAUGCCCAAGCUGGAGCUUUUGAGGAGUCAGAAUCUGAAAGCUCCAUAGAUGGAGAAAUCAGUCAUGGACGCCGUAAAAAAUUAAAAACAUCAGAUUAACACCUGGAAUUCUUUAGUCAGCAGUGCAAGGAAGAAAUUGUGUAUGAUGAUCUGUCAAUCAGCAGUGCAUCUGUACUAGAGGAUUAAUUCGUUAAUUGGUGCAUGCAUGUCUGGAAGUUUUUAUAUCAUCUCAUGCUGUAUCAUUUCGCUGUGGAUCUGGGACGAACUAUUAAUAAAUGUUUAAACAUAAUGUGUGUUACACUGAUGGGAAUGAGUUGCCGUGAACAAAACUGAUUUUAAAAGGUAUCUCAUAUGAACCUCAUUACAGAUAUACGGACUAUUUAAAAAAUUGUUUUGUUUUUUUUUUCUCUUUUUUCUACAAAGAUAUAAAGACAUAUAUGUGAAAUGUACUAGACUUUUCAUUGUUUUAAAUCAUAUAACCAGUUACUUGUUUUUCUAAUCAUUUUACAUUAGGUUUAUUUUGUGUCUUAUAUGACAGGCUUUCGGAAUGGGAAGUGAACAUUAAGCCACUAGACACACAUAUUUUAUGUGCAGUUUUUACAGCCAGUAUAAAUAUCAAGUGCUACAAAAAUGCCACCACUUUACGUAUAUCAGUUAAAGGACUAAGAAUUAUUUGAAAUUUGUGAUAUUCCCAUGUUAUUAUCCCACCUAGAAGAUUUUUUAACAAAGAUGAAUAUUUUUCAGGGAGUAAGUGGCCCUUUAGAGUUAAAAAAAAACUACUGUUAGUAAUUAAGAUGUAAAAGACAAUAUGGACUCCACUGAAAUCCAACUCAUUAUUAUAAAAAACAGAUGUCGAAGUGUGUUGUUAACAUGUUAUAGCAGUUUACAUACAUCUUCAUUUUAUGCCUGUUACCCAUUCAUCAUUGUUUAAUGUCAUGUGUAGCAAUAAAUAUUAAUUCAUA